GGACUUUUCUUUUUCUGUCGUUGUGCUGGUGAUUCAACCCUAAAAAGAAAGAGCCUCGGAGCUAGCUACUCUAAAAUCAUAGCUCCUUCCCUUUGGAACCUUAUAAGGUCAAAGGCCACAACCGAUCGAGCAUCUACCCUCCCUCCAGCUUACCAUUUGCUCCGUCCGUCGUGCUUUUUUGAUUGACGUCUAGCAACAAAGCUACAUCCGUACGAGCACACAGUACCUACCUAACUUAUAAAGCUACAUCCACAACAUCCCAUACCGACGACAACCAUUUACAACCAUUCCUGCCAUUCCUGCCCUUCCUACCAUCUAUUCCAUACCCUCAAUUACAAAAAUACACUUAGCCAUACAAUCCAAAAGAACCCUUCUCGGCCAUUCCUUCCCUCGUUCAUUUAUCAAACCCCACGUUUCUAUCUUUCCCACCCACGCGCAUCCUUUAUUUAUUGUCUUGCAGAUUUCAUAAACAUAGAAACACAAGGCGCAUUCGUGCAGGAAGUCUUUGAAUAUCUCCGACCUCGAACGAAAGUGGUAGGAUACCUGCAGCUCAGCCCAGAAAGUGAUACCCUUUCAAAGGACCCUGGUUUCAUACGGAGGCGUACCCCCAUUCACUCGCGUUUUCCGGCAACAUCCAGCUAGGUAGCGUAAGCACAUUGGGAAAAGAAGGCUGUCUGCUCGAGGGUCAACGCAAGUCAACACGCAGAACGCAUAACUGCGAGAUCGCAAGGCUUUACGACGUGUCCUACACAUCAUACGGCCGACGUGGCAACCAAGGAAUUUUGAGGAAGCGGCUAUCCGACACCUGCACCUACCCAAAUACAUCAUGUCCAAUUCCCCUCCAAAGGAAACGGACGUUGAACAAGGAGUCUCGCCAGAUGACACGGAUGCACAAAUGAAUGAACAUACGGAUCCACACGCUCCUGGAGGCUACGAGUUUGAAGUCAAAGAACAAGAUAGAUGGCUCCCUAUAGCAAAUGUUGCACGUAUCAUGAAGACAGCUCUGCCUGAAAAUGCAAAGAUUGCAAAAGAGGCCAAAGAGUGCAUGCAAGAGUGUGUCAGCGAAUUCAUCUCUUUCAUCACAAGCGAAGCUUCUGAGAAAUGUCAUCAAGAGAAGCGCAAGACUGUCAAUGGAGAAGAUAUCCUUUUCGCCAUGACCUCUUUGGGGUUCGAAAAUUAUGCCGAAGCACUCAAAAUUUACCUAUCAAAAUAUCGAGAAACUAACGGAAACUUCUAGCAACAAUCAACUCGAGGAGAUAACCAAAAUAGACCAGGAAGCUCUGGCUUUGGGCCAGCUUCUGGAGCUACUACUGCAAAUGCAACUUCGGCAACGUUCCCGGUCGGAGCAGAGGGCGCCAACAAUGUUCUUGCUGGUCAACAGGUGGAAGCAGAACACGAUGGCGGUGCUUACGUCUAUGGUGGUGGUCACAAUGGCGCUACUGGUGGAGAAGGUUACUAGGUGUUUUGUUUUGGAUUCAAAUUGACUAUAUCGGAUGAUCGGUGAAUUUUACGGGCGAAAGAUUUACAUUGCAAGAAUGUAUCAACUAUAUGCAAAGGUGUUGGAAAGGGAGGAAUUGGGCGGGUGCUAAUGGGCCACUUUUGAGAUAUCCAAAUUGCUUACCUUGUACAAAGGAUGGGGUCAAAAGUAAGGGGUGUUUUUUGAUGCUUUAUUAGAUUUCUUGGCUCGUGAGAGCAAGAAGCCGAUAACCUCAGGGGAUUCGGUCUCAUGAAAGCUCAGAGAUGGACGAAUGACAUUGGGCAGUAAGGACAGCAUCAGAUGUAGGUUAAACAGCCCCACAUCAGAUGGCUCGAAUAAUACUACACAUUCUAUGGCUUGUAUAUCAAGGGGAAAAUGAAUAUAAUGAUACCA